UCGAUACUGCCAGACAGUUAAAAGUUUCCCCUUAUCAAGCGAUUGUCACUACACAGAAAACGCAAAAGUUUCUUAAUAGUUAAAAUUUGCAUACUACAGCUUAGCUUAUAUUGUAUUGUGUAUGUGUGUGUGUUGUAAAACAAGCGAUAGCAACGAUGUGCGCUGGGCGCUUGCAAACAGUGCGCGGGUGUAAGAGACGUGCCAUGUAAAAGCCUGAGGUGGACACAAACGUAUCAAACAAAACCGACAACCAACAAUAACGGGGCGGCGGCAACAAUAACAACAACAACGACGUCGUUUCCGCUACUGCUGCUGCUCUGGGGCUUUGUCUUGUGACGAAAGCAAAACUCGAAACAUUUCUUCAAACACACACACACACACGCACGCACAGCCAACACAAAAUUGAUGUGCAGGAUGUGCCGCCUCGACAUACGCCGCUUCUGCGAAGAAUGGCGCAUCUGGAUACGGCCGCUGUUGAUUGUGACCUAUGCGAUAUUUGCGAUCAUUGUGGUACCCCUGCUGAUUGUGAACUCGGUGAAGGAUGGCUUCCAACAAAAUGACCAGCUUAUUCUCAUCGGCGGUCUGUUCGUUCUAUCCGCGGUGCCCAUUUCCAUUUGGCACAUCAUACAACACGUCAUACAUUUCACAAAGCCCAUUCUACAAAAGCACAUAAUACGCAUACUGUGGAUGGUGCCCAUCUACGCGUUGAAUGCGUGGCUCGGCCUGCUCUUUCCCAAGCAUUCCAUCUACGUUGACUCGCUGCGAGAGUGCUAUGAGGCAUACGUAAUCUACAAUUUCAUGGUUUAUUUGUUGAACUACUUGAAUCUCGGCAUGGACCUGGAGGCGACAAUGGAGUACAAGCCGCAAGUGCAUCACUUCUUUCCGCUCUGCUGCAUGCGACCCUGGGUCAUGGGUCGCGAGUUCAUCCACAAUUGCAAGCACGGCAUAUUGCAGUAUACAGUGGUGCGGCCCAUCACGACAUUCAUCUCGGUGAUUUGCGAACUGUGCGGCGUUUAUGGCGAGGGCGAGUUUGCCGGAAAUGUUGCCUUCCCCUAUAUUGUGGUCAUUAACAAUAUCUCACAGUUUGUGGCCAUGUACUGCCUGGUGCUUUUCUAUCGGGCGAACAAAGAGGACUUGAAGCCCAUGAAGCCGAUACCAAAAUUUUUGUGCAUCAAGGCAGUUGUGUUCUUUUCGUUUUUCCAAGGAGUGCUGCUCAAUGCGCUGGUGUACUAUGGGAUUAUUAAGGGCAUCUUUGGCGAUGUCGGUGAUGCAAAUCUAGCGUCCAUGCUGCAAAACUUUCUUAUAUGCAUAGAGAUGUUUAUUGCUGCCGUGGCUCACAUUUACAGCUUUCCCCACCAUCCAUUCCACAUUAAUUCACCACAGUAUUGGAACAAUCCAAAUCAUAGCUGGUGUCGAGCCUUCCUCUCUAUGAUGGACAUCUCGGACAUGCAGGAGGACGUUACGGAGCACUUGGGCGUGGUCAGCAGCUCAAUUAGUCGCCGUUUUCAGGGUCGCAGUACAUACCAGCCGUUGGCGCGGGGUCCACGCCGUUCUAGCAGCGAGUCCGAGUACUUAAUUGGCAAGCGGCAGGAACAGCCGAUGUCGGGGGGUAACGUCGCACAAGCAGGUAACAGCAAUGCCACAUAUGGCGCCACAACGAGUCGGUUAAUUGUGCCCGUUAAUGUUGGGCUACUGGGUCCACUAACUGAACACCAAACUCAUUCCCCAUCUCGAUUUCCCAUAGCAGGCACCGAUGUGGCUGAUGAUAAUAGCAAUAGCAACAAUUACCAACAACAACAACUGCAUUUGCCGGGCUCCAAUCUGAAACUGUCGGCGCGCCAACGCGAUACGAACCAGCAUCUGCGCGAACGGGAUCAGCAGCAUUUUCUCGGUGGCGUUGGGCCGCCACAAGCCGGUGGCAGCAGUUUCCUGCAGGCGCGUACUGCUGCUUCCGCGGCAGCCCCGAUACCCGAGUCCAACGAUGAUUAUGCGCUGCUGCUGGGCGCGGGCAGAUGACAACGCUAUCAGCAUCAGCACAUCGAUGUGCUCGAAGAUGGUGACGAUGUAGAAAUUAGUCAAAAUUUGAAUGCCUCAUCGCUGAGUGCAUCGCUGUCCGUUUCAUUUGGCAUGUCAAGUAGCUUAAAAUUCAGCGCCACGUGCAGCAACCAAACUGCAUCCGAGUGGUCCAACUCAACGGGCGGGGACGAUGACAACGAUGACGACGAUGACGAUGACGACGAUGAAGACGAAGACGAUGAGGAUGACGCUGAUGAUGAUAUAGAGAAUGGAGAGAAUGUUGAACAGAUGCCGAUUGUGGUUGUUGCAUCGACGACGCGUCGUCGACGAGACAGAGAGUACAUCACCUAGACCCAUUUUUAAAUUGCAGUAGCGAUAUUUAUUCUGUUUAUAUACUUAUCAGUUAAUUUGAUUACUCACUCAAUUAUUAUUUGGUCAAUCGAUUGGCAAACAUAAAUUCCUUUGUAAUUAAGCUUAA